GAAAGUGAACGCAUCAAAACUCCGUUUAAAUAAACAACAAUCGAAGAACGACGCCGUGAAAAGUUUAAAACAUGGUCCGGUGAGGAUGCCUGCCAUGAGUCACAGUAACCCGUGUCUGUGGACGCAGCUCCCUCAGAGCCUCCGUUCUCCGUGUGACCGCUACAAACACGCCUGCUGCAGUUGCCAUGGAAACGUUUACCUCCUGGGAGGCAGGGAGAGUGGCAGCGUGGGGGACUUCUGGAAGUACAACGUGGUGAGUGAUGAAUGGACCGAGUUAAACUGCACAAGUGAAGCUGCACCAGAAGAGCUGGAGGAACAUUCUAUGGUGGCCCAUGAGGGUUUCCUGUACGUCUUUGGAGGCAUGUUGGACUCGGCCUACACCAAGUACAGAUGUGCCCUCUGGGUGUUUGACACGGCGAAGCAGAAGUGGGUGCACUGCCAGGGAAAGAGGAGCUCCCCCCAGAGGCCGAGCAACAGGAAGGGACACAGCGCCGUGGUGAUCGGACCUGCCAUGCUGGUUUAUGGAGGUUUUCUGGACAUUAAAGGACCCUCACAGGAGUUCUGGUGUUUGGAUUUUGAUACCACCAUCUGGUCUCUGCUGAGUCCUGCUGACUCGAUAAGUCCUGGACCCAGACACAGUCACUCUGCCGUGGCCUACCAGGACUCCAUGUUCCUGUUUGGUGGACUGAAGGGUCUGCUGGAGCAGAGAGACUUCUGGAAGUGGAACUCCACCAGUCGCACAUGGACCUGCCUCAAAACCAAGUCCGGACCCCCCAGGCUGAUGGGACACUCAGCUGUGGUUUUCAGGGACAGCAUGCUGCUGUUUGGAGGUGGUGAGUGUCAGAACUUCCCAAAGAACGGUCUGUGGAGGUACAGCUUCAGCACACACAGCUGGAUCCAGGUGGCCUCCCUGCCCGGCUCCAACCCGCCAGAUAAGAUCCACCACUGCUGCACAGGUCUGGGUCCCAGCUACGCCCCCACCAGCUGCUGCUCCAGCUCUGAGCAUGAACCCAGGCAGGAGAACAAGAAAGCCCGACCCUUUAUGAACAAGUGCUUCCCAGCACCGCUGAGGCUGGGCUCAGAGGGCGAUAUCGAGCUGAAGACGUUCAGUCCAGAGAGAAAGAGACUCGGUUCUUCAGAACCGGACCCCGGUAACAGGACCGGGACUGGUCCACAGCCGAGGGGAAGCCAUUUGACUUUUGAAAACAGAGCCUUCAAGAAGCAGUGGAGCUGCACGGAAGAAGAAGAACACCUUUUGGAUCAGGAGGAGGACGAAGAUAUCAGGAAGCAUCUGCCUGAUACGCUGCUGGUGCUGGGGGGCCGACCGUACAGCACCAGCAGUCCCAUCUCCAUCUGGCAGAUGACUCUGACGGACCCCUGACAGACAACAAGGUUUACACGGAGCAGUAUUACAUCAAACACACACACCUGGUGCUAUGUCAUGUUGAAAAAGUUAUUGACACGCUGUAUAGAAAACAUGUUGAAAACAUUUUAUAAAUAAAGUUUUAUUGAUGGAAGUGCGUUUGUUUUGCAGCUCAUAAAUAAAUAAU